ACUUCAGAGGUAUGCACCCUUUUGUGUUCAUUUUUCUUUAAAUACUUGAUAUGUUUUAUAGUAAUUUAAAGAAACACGCACGACCGACGAACUGCCGACACACCGUGACCUACCGACUGUCGGCCGACUGUUUGCGACGACUGUCGGCCGACGCGUGGUGGGAUCGUCUGUGAGAUCAAAUUCCCAAAAUCUUGCAAGCUUUACGCCAAUGAUCACUCUACACAGGGAAGCUCCACAAGUGUGGCCCUCUCAUGGUUCCCUCACGCACUUCCUCCCCAUCGGUUCUCAUUUUUCGAGGCGAAACCUCGUGGUUGUUCCCCGGUUUUUUCCACGCUUCCAAUUCCACACAUUAUCUGAUUCCCCGCAGAGAGAUGGAAGGAGCUCACCAAAGGAAAGGAGACCGUUUGGUAAGAAAACUUGAACUUGAAAAACAACGGGAGGAACUUCUUCUUGAAAGAGCAAGGCUUCUUUCACUGAAGAACGAGUUUGGCGAGAGACAAUCCAAACCCUCUUCAGAAACUUCAAGAAACAGCUCUGCAUCCACGUCGAAAUUGUCAGCAGCAAUCGAGAGGACGAAAAAUAGAAUUCCAGAAUUUGAAAGGAAAGUUCAAACGCUGAGACAAGAAAACCAAACAAGAACGGAUUUACUGAGAAAACCUUAUGAUGGAGAAAUGGGAAUCGGGUCCUACGAACCUUGGCAGCUAGAAGAUUUCUACUUUGUUCGAGAGUUUGUACGGUCAUGGAUUGACGAGGUUUUGGAUUUUAUAGUUCGAGAACGCCCCAGAAAUACAUCUGAGCACGAAUUAUCAACUAUCGCUGAGCGGUUUUUUGAAGAACUUGAAGUGGAAAAGAGACAUGAUAAAAUUUUCCAGUUGAGUUUUGAUAUUGAGGAGAGUAUUCUCGCGGAUGUUAUUCACCAGGCUGCCAAGGAAACAGCUAGAGAAAUUAUGGCGUUUGAAGCUCAAACCAGGAACAUGCUUGACGGUAUCAUAUUGCAUUCUUUUGAUCUACAAUCCCGAGCAGAUGCCCAGAGUACCUUGAUUAACAAUGCUCUUUCACAAAUGAAAAAGGAAGCUCAGAGGAAAAGGGAUGUAUGGUCUCACAGCCAAACGUUCCACUUAGAAGACAGUGUACAAGGAACUGACAUGGCAGUAAAUGAAGAAGACGACAGCUUUGAUGGAACCAUUCUGCACUUCCACAACAUCAAACCUUUCAGUGACCUACCUGAUGAAAGUCUACUCUCGGAGCAAGUUGACUUUCAAAAUGAAGAAUCAGAAUUUUGGAUGGGUAAUGGUGUCGAUCUUUCAACUCUGCCAUUACCAAGACGAUACAAAGGCAUUUCAUGUAGUGCUGUAUCACCCAAUGACAGCCUCAUUGCCCUUGGCUCUGUUCAGGGAGAUAUUCUUACAUGGGAUUUGACAACCCACCCACCACGCAUAUUGAGAACUAGCCGUGGGAAAAAUGCUGCUGUCUCGCAGCUCCACUGGAGUUUUGACUCUUCGUUAGUGGUCAGUCUCAAUGAAUAUGGUGUUGUUACAGUAUGGUCUCUAGGCAACACUGUAUCUGUACCUUAUGAUGUGAAAUCAUUUGAACCUAUUGAGCAGAAUAUUGGUUUUAAGUCCACUGCAUUAAUUCCCUUGUUCACUCUUGAACCAAGUGACUUGGUUUUCACAAGUGGACCAUUUUCCAGGUCUAAAGAUUUUGCACAUGAAGCAACAGCAGUAGCAUUCCAUCCUUCUUCUUCACUUCUCGGGAAGCAAGCAUUUUUAAUGGUAGGAUUAAACAAUGGUAACAUACUGAGACUGAAGUUCACUGAUGUUUCAUCUGUGAUGUCUUUUCCACAAGUUCACCCAGCAAAUGGUACAACUCAUAAGAUUGGUGAAGACAUUGAUGCUGAACUGUUCAAAGCUCAUCGUCAUGGCAUUACACUGAUAAGUUUUGUAAACAACAUUUCUCCCAUGGUAACUGCAGAUGAGAAGGGAUUUAUUUACUUGUGGGAGUAUUCCAGUGAACACUUAUCGGGAUUUGGCUGGUUUGUUCCCAGUAUCAAGUACAGACUGAAGUUGUCAGAAAUGACUUACAGGCCUGUUGUAGGAGCACAGGAGAAAGUUGAGUUCACUGAUGUUGUGAAAGGUCCGAGUAGGAAACAGCAUCGUCUCAGGCAAGAAAUGAUUGCAAAGCAGAAAAAGACCCAGAAGUAUAUCAAAUCACUUCAGUUGGGAAAACCAUGGAAGAUGGAUGAGGAAGAUGACAAAGUUACUUACAUUUUUGCGCCAAAGAAUGUCCCUGAAUCAGGAUCAACAUUUCACUGUGUAACUUAUAACACAUCAUCAGGUUUAUUAGCCUCUUAUGUCACCAAGCUGUACAAACCCGUCGAAAUUCCAUGCUCAAGGGUUAUCUCCUGUGCAAAAAACUUUGCAGGAACUAAACUUGUGUACAUGCUUCUGUUUCCCAAAGCAGAACCACAGGAAGCUCAUGUAUCAUUUGUCAUCAUCAAUCUUGAACCUGAAGUGAGCGUGAGCAAGAAUUAUGUUCACAUCAGGCUCAGCAAUGACGAUUAUGUUAAAUGUUUGUAUGGGGAUACAUGCUCCUUUGGCAUCUCACAAGCCAUAGAUGCUACGGCAAGUGAAUACAUUGUGACCAAUGUAAACAGCACUUUAACUGCAGUUUCCAUGACAACAGGAAAUGAAGUCAUGGCAGAGACUGAGGAUAGAUGGGUGGGUUGCCAUCUUAGGUUUAAGAAAGUGACUAGACCCAAACUUCCUCUUGGCCAAAUGUUGAAUCACGCAACCUGUGAUGUUUAUUCACGUUGGAUUCGAAGGAAAUAA